CUUACUUCAACAGUCUCAAUAGCCCGCCAAUCCAAGAACUCUCUCUCAUUCAUGGAUUCCUUCUUUGCAAUCAGAACCUUGUUACUUCUCAUCCCAAUCUUGUUUCUUGACCCAAUUAUAGCCCUAGAUUACCCUCAAGAAAUCAUUAAUAAUCUCUAUCCUGAUCUCGUGAGUAAUGGGAAUGGCACAAUAGCAAUCCCACCAGCAGAACCGGCAGCUCCUCCACCACGCAAUUCUUCUUCUCUGCGUCGUGCACUGUUUGUAGUCGGUGAUUCGUCUGUCGACUGCGGCACAAAUAAUUUUCUCGGGACUUUUGCCCGGGCUGAUAGGCUUCCCUACGGUAGAGAUUUCGAUACGCAUCAGCCCACUGGCCGCUUUUGCAAUGGAAGAAUCCCUGUUGAUUAUCUUGCAUUGCGACUUGGGUUGCCAUUUGUGCCGAGUUAUCUGGGGCAGACAGGUUCUGUUGAAGAUAUGAUCCGAGGAGUGAAUUAUGCUUCUGCUGGUGCUGGGAUCAUCUUUUCCAGUGGCUCUGAAUUGGGGCAACACAUCUCCCUCACUCAGCAAAUUCAGCAGGUUAUGGACACAUUUCAGAUGUUCAUCCUCAGCCUGGGUGAAAAUGCAGCCUUUGAUCUUAUUUCAAACUCCAUAUUCUACAUUUCAAUAGGGAGCAACGACUACAUACACUACUAUCUCCGAAACGUAUCCAGUGUGCAAUCUCUGUAUCUGCCGUGGAGUUUCAACCAAUUCAUAGCACAGACAAUGAAGCAGGAGAUUCAGAACCUGUACAAUGCAAAUGUGAGAAACAUAGUUGUGAUGGGACUGGCCCCUAUAGGAUGUGCCCCUUAUUACUUGUGGUUGUAUGAUAGCCCCAACGGGCAGUGUGUGGAGAUGAUCAAUAACAUGAUAAUGGAGUUCAAUUUUGAUAUGAGAUUCAUGGUCGAGGAACUCAACCACAAGCUCCCUGGAGCCAACAUAGUUUUUUGCGAUGCAUUUGAAGGGUCUAUGGACAUAAUAAAGAAUCAUGAUCAUUAUGGGUUCAACGUCACGACUGAUGCAUGCUGUGGCUUAGGCAAGUAUAGGGGUUGGAUAAUGUGCAUUUCUUCUGAUAUGGCUUGUGGAAAUGCUUCGAAUCAUAUAUGGUGGGAUCAAUUUCAUCCGACGGAUGCCGUCAAUGAAAUUCUUGCAGACAAUGUCUGGUCUAGCCUGCAUUCAAGUAUGUGCUACCCCAUGAAUUUGCAGGAAAUGAUAUCUCAGAAAACGAAAUAGUGAGCUACAAAAAGAAGAAAAAGAAAAAGGAAAAACACGGUAAAAUCUUAACACCUCACUGCUGGAAAAGAAUGUGUACAUAUAGAUCCUAAAUGGACUACUCAGCACUUAGUAUAGUAUUGCUUCAUCUAUAAUCCACUCGUUGAACAGUUGAAAGAAGUUCUCACAUUUCAUAUGAUGGCUAGUUAGUUUGUCACUAUCAAAGACUAAAUAUUGAUCUCAUCUUCUCUCUCUGUUCUCAUUGUAAAACUCGGAAAUGUUGUCAUGUCCCUGCAAAAUGAAAUGUUUACUCCAUUAGUGUUUUUUGGAAGUUAGACUUGAUACUAUAACUUGACAAGACUGAUCCAAAUAACUUAGGUGAUAAGAAACUUCUUAUACUGUAACAUCAACCAGUUUCUAUGAGACUCUAAAGCUCAGUUCUGGUUUUCACUUUGGGUGUUGUACAUUUGCUCAGUAUGAA